GAGUAGCCGAAUUAGAAGGGUGUUGCGGGUUGAAAUCGCACACACUGUAUGUACUGAUACCGAAGCGACAAAUAUGGAUUUAUAUUCCUUCUGAUAUUAAAUUGAAAACGGUAUUUUAUAGAAUUUGAAAUAUUAGUCAGAAGUGGAUUUUGGUGUGUAUUUAUAGAGAGAGAGUUAUCUUGUUUGAAGGUAAAUAUAUGAUUAAUCUUAUCACAAUAACGAAUUUAAUAUGGAUAUCAUGAUAAAUGAAACAUUUACACACGAACCCUGAAAUAGGUAGGUUGAAAAUGCAGAAAUUCACAUUCAUCUGGACGUACAUCCUAGCUUCAAUUUCAAUCACCAAAUCUGAUUAUACUGCUGCUGUUCUUGAAUAUCAACCUAUAAUUUCAACAUCGCCAAAUGCAACUGUAGAAGUAAACCUUGAAGAGUAUGCCAGAUACAUUAACGAUGCUAAGCAGAAUAAAACUGUAAAUAUCAUCGUUUUCCCUGAAUAUGGUUUGACAGGAUUUUUUUCUGACCCAGCACCAUAUGGAAUAGUAAUUCCAAAUCGCAAUGAAGGACCAAACUUCCAGAAUUAUUGGUUGGAAAAACUGUCCAAUGCUGCUAAGGCGAACGAAAUAUAUGUGGUGGUAAACUUGGUGGAGAAAGCUGCAAAUAACAAAAAUGAAACCAUUUACUAUAACACCAAUGUUAUGUUCGAUAGAAGUGGUAAAAUUGGAGCAAAGUACCGCAAAAUAAAUUUGUUCAAUGAACCUCUGUUGACGCCUGGUAACUCUGAUGAAAAUCAAGCCGUUUUUUCAACUGAUUUCGGAGUUACAUUUGGAAUGGUUAUCGGUUAUGAUUUGUUAUUCUACAAUCCUUCAAGGAGCAUUUUGGCCAACUCCUCAGUGGCCGAUGUCAUAUUAUCUUCCGCUUGGUAUUCCGCGUUACCGUUUUAUCAUUCACUGUCAUAUCAUUUGGCGUAUGCUCAAGCAAACAGAGUCAAUUUGCUAGCAUCCAAUUUGAAUUCUUUGGAUAAGGGAGUCAGCGGUUCUGGUAUUUACGGAGCGAAAGGCAAUAUUUUCUCAUACUCUUUACCAGGGACGUCCACUUCCAAAAUGUUGCUUUCCGGUGGUUUGAAUACUCCAAGAGAAGAUUUCGUACCGUUUGACCUAUCUUUGUCAAAAUUCAAUACAUCAAGGGUGUUUGAGGGCAACCGCUACAAAUUCCAGACACUCAACUUGACUUCUGACAGUGUGGUCCAACAAAAAGUUUGCUAUGGUUUGUUUUGCUGUCAAGUCAAUCUGACUAUGGGGACAGAAGUGAAUUCCUCCGAGGUUUACCAAUUGAUGGCUUAUACUGGCUCUCUUCGUCUGAUGGACAAAACCUUACCUUUCGUUCGAAUCUGCGCCCUUUUGGCCUGCGAAUCCACCGAUCCUAGGACUUGCGGCAACAGUGCGGCCAGCUCUUCCACCAAAUUUGAGAAUAUCUCCGUGACAACCGAUGUUUGUCUAGGCCAAAAGGAUUUCUUCCAGCCUCUUUAUUUGACUACGGACCUCCUGCCUAUUUACAAUACUCGUUACGAGAGUAUUAUAAAGAAAUAUUGUACUCGUUUGACUCUGAGUACCUCCAGAGAGCAGAAGAACGUCCUGGCUUUCGGAUUUUAUGGUAGUGGGGGGGCUAUGCUGAAUUUCAGUUGUUUUGUGGUCAGUUUUAUGGUGAUUGUAACUUAUUUCAUUUAAACAUAGGAGAAUUGAGUUUG